AUGGAUGACGACUUAUACGAAUCGUGUUUGGAAGAAGUGUUAGCAGCGUUAAAAAAUAAGGGAUUUAGCUUCAUUUUAAAGCGAGAGCAAGAUAGUGCAUUACGCCAUCUCUUCAAAAGAAAGGAUGUAGUUGCAGUUUUGCCAACAGGAUUUGGUAAGAGCUUAAUUUUCCAGUUGUUGGUGUUCCUGGCAAAGGCGAAAGGCCGUCGAGAAGGCGGUGAAGGUUUUGCUGCAAUUCUCGUUAUCACGCCACUUACCAGCAUAAUUCAAGAUCAGAUCUCUGAGAUCAGUUCGAUGGGAUUAUCUGGAUUUAAUUUGUCUGAAAAGUUGGAGUGCUUGGACGAUAUUCAUAAUGGAAAGGUUGACAUCGUAUAUGCAUCAGCAGAAGCUGCCACAGACAAGAGAUUUGUUGAAUCGUUGAAGAAAAUGAAUUCCUUGUUCAACAAGAAUUUGGCGGCAUGUAUCGUCGACGAAACUCAUACUGUCGAAACCUGGACCGGACUGAGGUAAAAUAGAGGAAAUUGAACUUUUUCAUGGCAAAAGCUCGAAUCUGCCUUUGUGUAUUUUGUAAGCCUACCUGUUUUGGUAUUUCUUUCACGUGGAAAUUUAUCUCACGGGUAGUUUCUUUGCUCUUAGGUCAGAUAAUUCCUCAAACAAGAGUGGAAAACAAGGGAAGGUCUUCCGUGCUUCUUUCGGAGAACUGGCCACAUUGCGAUCGUUUUUUAGAGAAGGUAGGAUGUCAAAUUUACUGUAUAUAUUACACGCCACUGUAUACAAAGUACCCCCACAAAAUGUGUUGGCUGCUUUCCUUUCCUCCUUCGGUAGUCUUAUUAUUUUUCAGUGAAAAGCCGUCUUUCGGUUAAACCGCUGUUCAACUUAGUUUGUUGUAGAAUUAAUUUCUUUUAUUCUCCUACAUGCAUUCUUACUUUAAAUUCUGUGAAGGGAUUUUAUACAUACAAGAGAUAUUUUCUCCCACUACAUUAUUGCAGGUCUAAUAUUAAACACAGAUGGUAACAAGUGACUUCAUAUCUUGCGUAAAUGAGAACGAAAAUCAAGUUCCUUUAUUUGUCUGGUUGUCAACAAUUAUUAUCCUUCAUAAAAAAUCCAUAACCUUAUAAUCUAAAAAGUCUUUAAAUCACUGCCAAUAACAACUCCAAAAUAGAAGACAGACUUUGUAGGUUUUGACUGUAGUUUCCAACAAAAUCAUUAAACGAAAAAUGGUAAUGUUUAUUUCCAAAGGUACACCACUUGCAGCUUUAACAGGAACUGCUGACAAAAAUACUUUGACAGUUGUAUCGAACAAACUUGUCUUGAAACAGCCCUUGGUGUUGUGCAUCAGUCCCAACAGGAAAAAUAUAAGAUUUAGCGUGAAGAAAAACAAGAAAGAACAUCUUCUAUCAGAACUUGACUGGCUCACAACCUGCAUCAAAGAGAAUGGAGAUUCUAUGCCAAAGACAAUUAUUUUUUGUAACACCCUGAAUGAAAUUGCCUGUGUUACAAACUAUUUAAUGUUGAAACUUGGAGAGAAUGCAUUCUCACCCCCACUUCCAAGACUGCCUUGCAACUGCCUCGUUGGUAUAUACCAUUCUACAUCAUGGGGCCAUAACAAAGAGCGUAUAGUUGAGGCAUUAAAAUCCAGUGGCAAGCCUAGAGUAAUAGUUUCAUCCUCAGCCCUGAGCAUGGGGGUCAAUUUCCCAGAUGUGAGGUAUAUUAUUAACUGGGGACCAGCUCGAAAUUUGUUGGACCAGCACCAAGAGAUUGGCCGUGCUGGAAGGGAUGGAAAAAACAGCUAUUCCUUAAUUGUCUAUCACGGACAGCAACUAAGUCAAUGUGAAGAGAGCAUCAAGCGUUUUGUUAAAACUGAUGGUUGUUUGCGUGUAGCUGCCUACAAGGAGUUUGAUGAAAACAUUGAACCGUUGAAACCAAAUCACAACUGUUGCAGCUACUGUUCAUAUCUAUGCAGAUGUUCUGGAGAUAAAUGUUCUGCCGAAGUUCCUUUAUUUGAACGUGAAAAUUCUGCACAAGCUCCUCAAAGACAGUGCUUAUCUAGACCAGUCAGCAAUCAAGACAAGGCUGAUCUAAAAGCUGCACUUAUCGAACUACAAGAAAGGAUGACAAAAACCAAAUGUUGUGGGCAAGUUUUCUCAAGCCAGUUAGUAGAAGAUGUAACCCAAAAUUGUCACCAUAUUUUUACAGUUCAUGACAUAGUUAAUACUUGUCCAGUUUUUUCUGUUGACCAUGCAUUAAAAAUUCUGAAAAUCAUUCAGGAAAUUUUCCUUGACAUACCAAACUUUGACGAGUCUAUUGAAAUGUUGCAGGCAGCAAAUUUAAGUGUAAAAUCAAAUGAGGACUGGUUACCACUGGAGCAACUACUG